AUGGUGUUCUCUCCCAUCAAAAUCCUCCAAGCCUUUCUGCCGCUCUUCGCGUUUCUCGGCGCUAACGCAGAGCGGCGCUAUACCAUCCGGAAUCGCUGCCCAGAGUCCAUCAAGCUCUACAUCAGCGGGAAAUCGCACGGAAUCGUUCCGUCUGGCCAUGUCGUCACAAAAGUGCUCGCGGAUAACUGGAGUGGACUCAUCUACACCAGCUCGAACGGCGGGAACCCAAAUGGAGUUGGGACUACCAGGGCUGGUUUCUUUGGGCUGACAGGUUAUUACUACGUUGUGAGGGACGAGGAGCAUUUCAAUACAGGCGUCACGAUCGCCCCGAAGAUCAUAACGAAGGACUUCUGCACCAGCCACCAGUGCGAUAGCGCCACCUGCUCUGCCUUCACCACCCCACCGACUCGGUUCCCGGUUCCGUCUUCCAAUCCUCCGACAUCACCUUUAUUUGCUUGUCCUGGAAUAUUGGUUGAUUAUACAGUGACAUUUUGUCCGAGCGGCGCCUUUCCUCCUCCCUCCAACGCCGUCAACAUCCACCCGAACAACAACACCAACAAAUGUCUAGAUGUUCGUGGCGCCCAUUUUAGGAGCGGGACACCAGUGCAAAUAUAUGACUGCAACGGAACGGCUGCGCAACGAUGGGUCGUGGAGCGCGGUGCUUCAACUCAGAUCCGCCUAGCAGGGACACCAUAUUGCUUAGACGCUAGCUCUGAUCCCAAGAACGCAGUUAAGACGAAGAUCUGGCGCUGUCACAAUAAAUUGCCCGCACAAACAUGGAUGUACAAUGAGGACAAUGAAAUCGUGCUCAAGCGCACUGUCAACAGCAAUUUUCUCUGCCUCGACUUGACCUAUGGUUCGACUGCCAACAGUAAUCCGAUACAGAUGUAUCUGUGCUAUUACAACAACCCCAACCAAAUCUGGACCACCAGCCCUCUGUAG